AGGCUAGAUUGGCCCUUGUAGUCAAUAUCAGCGUUAUUACGGGAGGUGCGCAUCCCGCCGCUCGUCUGUCCGUGUGUUUACCUCGCCGCCCGUCCCUGCCAACCUCUUCCCCGCCGCCCGCCCGACACAAUGGUCAAGGUCAAGUGCAGUGACCUUCGCAACAAGAAGAAGGAUGAGCUCCUCAAGCAGCUGGAGGAGCUCAAGCAGGAGCUGUCCGGCCUGCGCGUGGCCAAGGUGACCGGCGGAGCGGCCUCCAAGCUCUCCAAGAUCCGUGUUGUGCGCAAGUCCAUCGCCCGCGUCAUGAUCGUCAUCAACCAGAAGACUAAGGAGAACCUCAGGAAGUUCUACAAGAACAAGAAGUUCAAGCCCCUGGACCUGCGCCCCAAGAAGACCCGAUCCAUCCGCCGUGGCCCGACCCGCCGGGAGCUGCAGAUCAUGACCUGCAAGGAGUCCAAGAGGAAGUGGAACUUCCCCAUGAGGAAAUAUGCUGUCAAGGCCUAAAUAAAUAUUUGAUUGUAGAAACAGAA